AUGCUUCCGUAUCUUACGUCUCGUUCCUCGCAGCUAAGCCAGGAAUUUGCGUUCUUUCCCACUGCACCUCCCCAUGCGCAAGGAGGUAUUUUUGAGCUCAGGUCUUACCAGCUGAGACCCGGUGCUCUCUUGGAAUGGGAGCAUGUAUGGCGGAGAGGUAUUGAGGCACGCAGGAAGUUAGUCGCCCCGGUCGGCGCGUGGUUUUCUCAAGUAGGCCGUCUACACCAAGUGCAUCACAUGUGGCAAUAUCCCGAUUUGGAAACUAGAAAGGAGAUUCGGGAACAGGCCUGGAAAGUGGACGGUUGGGCCGAGACUGUCUCGAAGACCGCACAACUAGCCAAGACUAUGGACGCUUUCAUUCUGUCCCCUCUGCCCUUCAGUCCGCUGAAGUAG